CUGACAUUUUUCCCCCCUAAAGGCAUAGACAACAAAAGAAAUUGUAUUUAGAGCAAAACAAGAGUCCUCAAACUGCAAAGAUGUUUGCUAGAAUGUCUGAUCUCCAUGUUCUGCUGUUAAUGGUUCUGGCGGGAAAGACAGCCUUUGCGUUCUCCCUGAUGUCCUUACUCACAGACCGGGACCCAGAUUGGACUCCCGACCUCUAUGAAGAAAGCUAUGAGAGUUAUGACCAGGAAGAGGCCACCAGUGGCGCUCUUGCCCAGCCUGAGAAUCCUGAGUGGUACUACACAGAGGAUGAUCCAUGCCUGUCCAACCCUUGUGACCAUGGGGGGGACUGCCUCGUCAGCGGGGACACUUUCACAUGCCGCUGCCCGGCCCCUUUCUCUGGAAACCGAUGUCGGAACGUGCAAAACAGGUGCAAGAACAACUCCUGUGGCCGGGGUGAAUGUCUCAUUACUCAGAGACCUCCCUACUACCGCUGUGCCUGUAGACACCCUUACACGGGUCCAGACUGCUCCACAGUGGUUCCUGUGUGCAAGCCAAAUCCCUGCCAAAAUGGCGGCACCUGCUCCCGGCAUAGGCGGAGAUCCAAGUUUAUCUGUACUUGUCCCCAUCAGUUCAAGGGGAGACUCUGUGAAAUAGGUUCUGAUGACUGCUAUGUUGGUGAUGGCUACUCUUACCGAGGGAAAGUGAGUAGGACAGUCAACCAGCACUCAUGCCUUUACUGGAACUCCCACCUCCUCUUGCAGGAGAAUUACAACACUUUUAUGGAGAAUGCUGAGGUCCAUGGGAUUGCAGAGCACAACUUCUGCAGAAACCCAGAUGGAGACAAAAAGCCCUGGUGUUUCAUUAAAGUAAACCAUGCAAAGGUGAAAUGGGAGUACUGUGAUGUAACAGCCUGCUCAGCCCUAGACAUUGCUGGCCCAGAGGAAAGCCCCACAGAGCCCCUGACCAACUUCCCACAGCUUGGCAUGUGUGGGAGGACCGAGACAGCAAAGAGGAAUGUCAAGAGGAUCUACGGAGGCUUUAAGAGCACGGCGGGCAAGCACCCAUGGCAGGCAUCCCUGCAGACCUCGUUGCCACUGACUGUCUCCAUGCCCCAGGGCCACUUCUGUGGCGGGGCGCUGAUCCACCCCUGCUGGGUUCUCACUGCCGCGCACUGCACCGACAUAAAAGCCAGGCACCUAAAAGUGGUGCUAGGGGACCAGGACCUGAAGAAGAGAGAAUUCCAUGAGCAGAGCUUUGACGUGGAGAAGAUACUCAAGUACAGCCACUAUAAUGAAAGAGAUGAGAUUCCCUACAAUGAUAUUGCUUUGCUCAAGCUAAAGCCAGUGGAUGGUCACUGUGCCCUGGAAUCCAAAUACGUGAAGACUGUAUGUUUGCCUGAUGAUCCCUUUCCUUCUGGGACUGAGUGUCACAUCUCUGGCUGGGGUGUUACAGAAACAGGGGAAGGGUCCCGCCAGCUCCUGGAUGCCAAAGUCAAGCUGAUCACCAACACUUUGUGCAACUCCCGCCAACUCUACAACCACAUGAUCGAUGACACCAUGAUUUGUGCCGGAAACCUGCAUAAGCCGGGGCAAGACUCCUGCCAGGGUGACUCUGGAGGCCCUUUGACCUGUGAGAAGAAUGGUACCUACUACGUCUACGGGAUAGUGAGCUGGGGCCUGGAAUGCGGGAAGAAGCCAGGGGUCUACACUCAAGUUACCAAAUUCCUGAAUUGGAUCAAAGCCACCAUCCAAAGGGAGGCUAGCUUCUAAGGCAUCUUCCGAAACUCAGAGCCCACGCUCCAUAGCACCCAGACAAGGCGAGGCCUCGUGGGCAGCAAUGGACACCCUUGGAGCCUCCAGGAGGACAUGCAGUGGAUUGUCCAUGCUCUAAGCAGAGAAAACAGCUGCCCAGCCCGGGGCGUCCUGGACCAGCAUUUCCACCAUUUCAUCAGCCUCCCUCCUGGGUAACCCAAGAAAUGAUAGAAUCAACCCGACAUAUAUUAUGUUUGCUUCCCUCCAAACAAUUGUACCUUCUAGAAAAAUCAGUGUUCAGAGACUGCCCUCACUUCGGACAUUUGUAAAUGCAGAAUUUCAGAACUCUCCACAUCGGUGGGAAACACUUUACAUCUUUAUUCCUCAUCCCGGACACUCAAGGUACGCAACAGAACCGGCCAUCUACUUCUAGGCAUUAGAUAGAGGACCAAAAAUACAACAUUCUCCAUCCGC